UGGGGGAGGGUUCACACACCGGAGACAGUGACUACUUAUUCACUGCCCACUGUCUAUUCUUCAACUGCUCUGGAUGGGAUAGUUGCUGGUGGGAUUCUGGGCAGCAGGGAGAUCUUGAGUUCGCAAGAGCUUCAGGUCGUACAUCUUUUCAUCAAAGGUUCAGGGUUCCCACCUGGUCAGGGCAGGGGCAAGGAUGUGGCACAAGAAAGAGAGCUGCAGAAAGUUUCCAGCAAGCCUUGGGUUUCUUCACCCUGUCACCAGAAGACACGUCUGAAAGUAACGCCUCUUACCUGCGCCUCCAGCGUCCAGGCUCAUCUCUCUGUGCGCCUGAGCUAGGAUCCCAAGGCGGACCCUGAGAGCUGCCCUCCCUCUCCUGGCGGUGUGUCCGUCCCUCCCUCCCCUUGACUCCCACCCGGCCUCCCCGCCCCCUCUGUUCCCUCCCUCGGAGCCCAGGCCUAGAAAUCCCACGCCCUUUACUGCACAGGAGCUCGGACGAACCCGGGGAAACCUCCGGUCGCCAAUCACGGAGCGGAGGAGAGGCGGGCGCUCGGCUCUAGCGCGCUGGGGGAGCCAGCUGGCUGCUCUGUGCGAGCCGCACACAAUCACUCUGAUACCGACAAGCGCCCAGACCCGCGAGCAUCACCAACAGAGUUUCAUAGCCACAGGCGCUGCAGACCGGGCUCUGGCAGAGCUCCCUACACCCCGAAGCACCUCAGGCCCGCGAGGCUAGAGCAGGGAGGAGGCUCGCAGGCUCUCGUGCUGCCAUGUGAGCGGCGGCGGCCACUCGCACCUGGCGCCACACCUGGGGCUCCGCUGCCCGCGGGGGACAAUGCGCGCCUGCCACAGUCACCGCGUCCGCACCUGACCAUGGAGUGCGCCCUCCUGUGCUUGUGCGCCCUCCGGGCCGCAGGUCCCGGGCCGCCGUGGGGGCCCGCGGGACUGGGGCGUCUGGCCAAGGCACUCCAGCUGUGCUGCUUCUGCUGUGCUUCGGUGGCCGUCGCCUUAGCCAGUGACAGCGGCAGCAGCGGUGGCAGCGGAUUAAAUGAUGAUUACGUCUUUGUCGUGCCAGUAGAAGUGGACUCGGGCGGGUCAUAUAUUUCACACGACAUUUUGCACCACAGGAAAAGGCGAUCGGCACACGGUGCCAGCAACUCCCUGCACUACCGAGUUUCAGCAUUUGGACAGGAUCUACAUUUAGAGCUUAAGCCCUCGGCGAUCUUGAGCAGUCACUUUAGAGUCCAAGUACUUGGAAAGGACGGUGCUUCAGAGACUCGGGAGCCUGAGGUACCGCAGUGUUUGUAUCAGGGAUUUAUCAGAAAUGACAGCUCGUCCUCUGUGGCUGUGUCUACGUGUGCCGGCUUGGACGCUAGCAUUCAGCAAAGCUGGGUCCGUCCAGAUCAUGUACCUGUGCACUCACUACCCUCCUCCAUUAUCCUUUCCUCCUCUUGGCUUCCUUCUGCAAACAUGGCCUCCUGAGCUCCAGGUGAUUCAGGCACCCACUGGCUUCCUGACUCAUUCCUCUCACCUGACUUACCCAUCCCUAGAGCCACCGAUGUGUCACGGCUCAGAACAGUCAGGUCUGAUAAGGACCCGAGACAAUGAAUUCCUCAUCUCACCGCUACCUCAGCUGCUGGCCCAGGAACACAACUAUAGCUCGCCUGCAGGCCACCAUCCUCACGUCCUGUACAAAAGGACAGCAGAGAAGAGGGUCAGAUGGUACCAAGACUACCCUGGCUCCCAGCGGACAUAUCCUGGUCACUCCCCAAGUCACACUCCCCCUGCCUCCCAGAGCCAAGAGCCAGAGUACAGCCAUCGAAGGUGGCAAAAGCGGCAUUUUUGUGGACGACGCAAGAAAUAUGCCCCCAAGCCUCCUGCAGAGGACGCCUAUCUACGCUUUGACGAAUAUGGAGGCACAGGGCGGCCCAGACGGUCAGCUGGAAAGUCACAAAAUGGUCUCAAUGUGGAGACCCUUGUUGUGGCAGAUGCCAAGAUGGUGGAGAAGCACGGCAAGGAUGACGUCACCACGUACAUUCUCACAGUCAUGAACAUGGUUUCUAGCCUGUUCAAAGAUGGGACCAUUGGAAGCGACAUAAACAUUGUGGUUGUGAGCCUAAUUCUGCUGGAAGAAGAACCUGAAGGACUGCUGAUCAAUCACCAUGCAGACCAGUCUCUAAACAGCUUCUGUCAGUGGCAGUCAGCUCUUGUGGGAAAGAAUGGCAAGAGACACGACCACGCCAUCCUCCUCACAGGAUUUGACAUUUGUUCCUGGAAGAACGAACCAUGUGACACACUAGGAUUUGCUCCUAUCAGUGGCAUGUGCAGUAAGUACCGAAGCUGUACCAUCAAUGAAGACACAGGACUUGGCCUGGCCUUCACCAUUGCGCAUGAGUCAGGGCACAACUUUGGCAUGGUUCAUGAUGGUGAAGGCAAUCCCUGCAGGAAAGCAGAAGGCAACAUCAUGUCACCCACACUGACUGGAAACAAUGGGGUGUUUUCAUGGUCGUCCUGCAGCCGACAGUAUCUAAAGAAAUUCCUCAGUACACCGCAGGCUGGCUGUCUGGUGGAUGAGCCCAAGCAAACGGGACAGUAUAAAUAUCCGGACAAACUCCCGGGACAGAUUUAUGAUGCCGACAUGCAAUGUAAGUGGCAAUUUGGAGCCAAAGCCAAGCUGUGCAGCCUUGGGGUUAUGAAGGACAUUUGCAAGUCACUCUGGUGCCACCGCGUGGGCCACAGAUGUGAAACCAAGUUCAUGCCUGCAGCAGAGGGGACCGCUUGUGGCUUGAGUAUGUGGUGUCGGCAAGGCCAGUGUGUAAAGCUCGGAGAACUAGGGCCCCGGCCCAUCCAUGGCCAGUGGUCUGCCUGGUCGAAGUGGUCAGAAUGUUCUCGCACUUGCGGCGGAGGAGUCAAGUUCCAGGAGAGACACUGUAGUAACCCCAAGCCUCAGUAUGGUGGCAAGUACUGUCCAGGAUCUAGCCGCAUCUACAAGCUGUGCAACAUUAACCCUUGUCCUGAGAAUAGCUUGGAUUUCCGUGCCCAACAGUGUGCAGAGUAUAACAACAAGCCCUUCCGUGGAUGGUUGUACCGUUGGAAACCCUACACAAAAGUUGAAGAGGAAGAUCGAUGUAAACUCUACUGCAAGGCGGAGAACUUUGAGUUUUUCUUUGCCAUGUCUGGCAAGGUGAAAGAUGGGACGCCUUGUUCCCCACACAGAAAUGACGUCUGCAUCGAUGGGAUUUGUGAACUGGUGGGAUGUGACCAUGAGCUUGGCUCUAAGGCGGUUUCUGAUGCAUGUGGUGUUUGCAAAGGCGAUAACUCAACUUGCAAGUUUUAUAAGGGCCUGUACCUCAGUCAGCACAAAGCAAAUGAGUAUUACCCUGUGGUCACCAUCCCCGCUGGGGCCCGAAGCAUUGAGAUUCAGGAGUUGCAGCUUUCUUCCAGCUAUCUUGCUGUUCGAAGCCUCAGUCAAAAGUAUUACCUCACAGGGGGCUGGAGCAUCGACUGGCCAGGGGACUUCACCUUCGCAGGGACCACGUUUGAAUACCAGCGUUCCUUUAACCGCCCUGAACGACUGUAUGCACCAGGACCCACGAAUGAGACGCUGGUCUUUGAAAUUCUGACACAAGGCAAGAAUCCGGGGAUCGCUUGGAAGUAUGCACUUCCCAAGGUCAUGAAUGUAACUCAGCCAGCCACCAAGAGAUACCACCACACCUGGCGCACAGUGCAGUCUGACUGCUCAGUCACCUGCGGUGGAGGUUAUAUAAGCAUCAAGGCCAUUUGCUUACGAGAUCAACACACCCAAGUCAAUUCCUCAUUCUGCAGUGUAAGAACCAAGCCAGCAACAGAGCCCAAGAUAUGCAACGCUUUCUCCUGCCCAGCCUAUUGGUUGCCAGGGGAGUGGAGCGCAUGCAGCAAGUCCUGUGCCGGCGGCCAGCAGAGCCGCAAGAUACGGUGUGUGCAGAAGAAGCCCUUCCAGAAAGAGGAGGCCGUGCUGCACUCCCUCUGUCCAGUGAGCACGCCCACUCAGGUUCAAGUCUGCAACAGCCAUGCCUGCCCUCCAGAGUGGAGCCCCAGCCCCUGGUCUCAGUGUUCCAAGACCUGUGGACGAGGCGUGAGGAGGCGUGAGGUCCUUUGUAAAAGCCCUGCAGCGGAGACACUCCCCGAGAGCCUGUGCUCCAGCAGCCCCAGACCCGAGGCACAGGAGGGCUGUGUGCUGGGACGGUGCCCCAAAAACAACAGGCUCCAGUGGAUUGCCUCUGCAUGGAGUGAGUGUUCUGCAACCUGUGGCUUGGGUGUGAGGAAGAGAGAACUGAAAUGCGUUGAGAAGACCUUGCAGGGGAAACUAAUAACAUUCCCGGAGCGGAGAUGCCGCAACAUUAAGAAGCCAAGCCUGGAACUGGAAGAAGCCUGCAACCAAAGGACUUGCCCAGUGUACAGCAUGGCGGUGGCGAGCUGGUAUUCAUCACCAUGGCAACAGUGCACAGUAACCUGCGGGGGAGGAGUCCAGACUCGCUCUGUCCACUGCAUGCAGCAAGGCCGGCCUUCCUCAAGUUGUCUGCUCCAUCAGAAGCCUCCGGUGCUCAGAGCCUGUAACACCAACUUCUGUCCAGCUCCUGAAAAGAAAGAUGACCCAUCUUGCGUGGAUUUCUUCAGCUGGUGUCACCUGGUCCCUCAGCACGGAGUCUGCAACCACAAAUUUUAUGGAAAGCAGUGCUGUAGAUCAUGCACAAGGAAGAGCUGAUCUUGGGGUCUCCUCACCCUCCUCAGACCAAGACCUUACCCGUCCAUCUCUAGGUCUUCGUAUCAAGACUACAAACCACAGAGGAAAUCCCAUAGGGUUUAAAGAAUGGACAGAUAGCCACUCUCCUUCUUAGUUGACCCCUGGAAACACAUGGUACUCUAAAGCACUUGACAAUGAGAAGCGACGACAAAUCUAACUAAGAAAAAAAAAAUAGCCUUUGGUUUGCACUGUGAUUCAGAAGACGAGAGAUGGAUUGUACUGAGAUAAGUCAAGUUUUCAUUUUGACAAAGUGGGAACUUCGUUGACUUUGGGACAGGUCUUGUUCCCACAUAUGUACUCUUGAACAUCAAAGGAUUCAACAGCAAAGACAUCUAUUUUUAACAGAGUCUGUAAGGUCUCAUUCAGGUCAAGGACUGAGACUCAGAGCCAUCGCAUACAGGGAUGGAAUUCUGCCUAACAGUUGCUUGGAAUCUCUUGUGUCAAACUCUUGACACCAAAUGGUGCUCAGUGGGCGCUUGCUGCUGGACUGGCAAGCUUCAUCUUAUGUUUUUUAUUUUUGUGUGUUGUUGUUUUUAUUUGAUUUCAAGUAUAUUCUGCCUAGAAUGAGUCUCCAAGACUGAAAUUAACAACUUGAAACAUAUUCCCAAGUAACAUUCUAGAGGCAGGGUCACAUGGACGAUUUAAGUCCUCCAUGGAAUUCAAAUUCAUACCCGAAGGGGACAAAGUGUCCAAUACUGAUGAUGCCUUUCAUGCGACAUCAACCUCGUAACUUGGUGCUUAUUCCCUGCUCUUUGAGAAGAACUGGUGACAUGUUCACUUUUGGUAAAAAUAGGUGCUCACUGGUGAAAUAGCAUGCUUGAAGGAGGGACAAGCCCACCAUUUAUAACGCUCCACACAUAUUAUCGGAAUGCUUAGAAAAUUAAAGGCUGCCUGCCUGUGGUUUUUUUUUUUUUUUUUUCCUCCUUCCAACUGACAAGUUUCAAUUUGCCCCAGGACUUGGUCAACAAGGAAAAAUAGAAUAAAAAUAAAAUAAAACACAGUGGCUAGAGAAAAAUCCGUCUUCUUGCGACAUUAAUAAAUUACAACUCACAGAGAUCUUUCCAUGAGUAACAGCAUUUCACCACGUCUCAGAUGAGAGUUUCGAUCGUCGGGAGCCAGCUGUUGAUGGGCAUUAACAAGCUUAAAAUUGCUCUCAAUUGGAAAAGUACCGUGCUUUUUUGCCAAAACCAAAGUAACUUAAAAGAUUGUGACCUCCCCUGUAAUUCUUUGAGAAGUAGCUCUACAGGGCUUGUUUAUAUGAUACGAUUCUACGCCCCCCCCAAAAAAAGCUUCUUUGAUGAAUGUACACUCAAAUUUUACUGCUUCUUGGAGGCUUGGUUCAAACAGGGGUUUGCCAGCUCAGCAGAACUAGUGAGACAGUGGUCUGUUAAAUUUAACAGCCUUCUUUGUCCCUAUCCCAGUGGCAACCAUGAGCUCUUGUAUGCCAUGGAAAUGAAGAAUAACAGCUUGGCCUUCUUAGAUUGGUCUUUCAGUAGCCAUUUUGAUAUGGGGAGAAAAACAAAACAAAACAACCACACUAUCAUUUCCCUGGCUCUAUGAAAAGUGGGAAGUUAUUUGACUUUAUAUAAUUAUCACUUUAUUAUUUUAUGGGAAAGAAUUAAUUUAUUAAUAGCCUAUUCUUACGUGUUCUCACCUCUCUUCUCUGAGUAAAUGAUAUUCUGAGGGAAAAUGUUGAAUUAAAAAAAAAAAACAUGGGUUAUAGAGAAAAAAAAGUCAAAAUAUAUGUGUAAUAUUUAAUUAUUUUAUAAGUUUUAUAAUAAAGUAUUCUGUUUCUUUGUCUUUGAAA